AUGGGUAAUUUAAGAGUCUGCAUAGUCGGCGGCGGUCUAGCAGGCUCACUGCUAGCUAACGGGCUCAUCAACAAUGGAGUUGACACAAUAGUCUUUGAAAGAGACGAAGAAAGUCUAAAGAGAGAAGGAUACCAGAUCCGUCUGGGUGACCCUGCGUUAACCGGCCUGGCCUCAUGCCUGACUGAGUCACAGUUGGAAUCUAUUGUGCAAAGGCUCGGGAGAUACUCCGGCUCUUCCAAGGCAGCACCAAGUAUCUGCAACACCAAGUUCCAGACCAUUCUGGACCUGUCGGCACUACCGACCUACUCCAAGUCAUCGGCCAUCAAUCGCGUUGUUCUGCGUGACUUGCUUCUCGAACCCGUCGUUGCCAAGGGGAAGGUCAAGUUCGGUAAGCAGUUCUCACAUUACGAGAUUGUCGAAAAUGGAACUGGUGGGAGGGAAAGUGUCAAAGUGAACUUCAAAGAUGGCUCAUCAGAGUAUUGUGACAUUCUGGUAGCUGCAGAUGGUAGCGGAUCAAAGAUAAACAAACAAAUCGGAGCAAAGAAUAUCGUGGACCUGAAAAGCCAUCUGUCCUUUCUGUCAAAAGGAAAUGCGACCAAGGCACGACUGCGCCAGCUGCCCCCUCGUCUUUUGAAUGGGCCAAUUCUGGUGUUCAAGAACGGCAUUUCUCUCUACUAUGCGCUUUACUUGCCGGCUUCUCUACAGAAGCGCGGGAAUCAACGGCAAGAUGACGAUUUUGACUUUGACGAGAACCAAGCAUCAUUCUACUGGGGCUUGUCUGUUCCCCGUGAGCUGUGUCCCUUUGAAGACACGUAUGAUAUCCCGGACAGGCGACAGUUCUGUCUCGACAUAGUACGCGAUUGGGCUCCAGAAUACCACGUCAUGCUCUCUGCUGGAGCCGGUGAUGAAGAUAACAUCACAGUGACAAUGCUCCGGGCUAGCACUAAACUCCCCAAAAACUGGCGGCAGCGACUUCAGGCACAGAAUGGCAAUAACCCAGAAGAAGGCCAUCCACGGGGAAUGGGCGGAAAUCAAGCGAUGAGAGAUGUUGCCGACAUAUUGCCCGAGUUGCUUGCACUGAACAGGGCGGCCGAGGCAGGCCCGCCAUUGAGCACUAAGGAGAUCGAGGUUAGGUGCAACGCAUACGAGAAGAAGAUGAUUGACCGUUCUUUUGCUUGGGUCGCCAAGAGCGGAGGCACGACCCAGCCGACCGUCGACCUCGAUGGAUUUCUGGGCAGUAUUAUAUCCUUCUUGGCGGGCUUGCUGUUACCUGUAGCAACUAUCUUGUACAAGGCUUUGAAAAGAGCUGAGCAGUAG